AUGUCUCAGCCAAACGCCAGCCAGACGAUCCAGGUUGAUACAAGCGACGAUGACACCAUCUGCGAUGAAGAAUCAGUGCUCGAAUCAAGCCAGUCCUUCGCGAGUUCUGUCCGGGACUAUCUGUACGAGAACGGUCGCAGAUACCAUGCGUACCGACAGGGGAAGUACCCCUUGCCCAACGACGAACGCGAGCAGGAUCGCUUGGACCUGGUCCAUUAUCUGUGGAAGGAACUCGUAAACGGCGAUCUCUACCGAGCUCCCAUCUCUCCCUCCAACACGCACCGGAUCCUGGACUUCGGGACCGGCACCGGCAACUGGGCGUUCGAAAUGGCUGAGGCGUUCCCUCACGCAGAGAUUGUAGGAACUGACCUGAGUCCAAUCCAGCCAGUCUGGUGCCCGCCAAACUGUAGGUUCUUCAUCGAUGACGUCGAGAGCGAGUGGACCUACCUGCCCCAUGAGGCCUUUGACUACAUCCACGGCCGCGUGAUGGCGGGCAGCAUCAGCGACUGGGACCGGCUGUUGUCCCAGAUCUAUGACCAUUUAAAACCUGGUGGUUGGGUCGAGCUGCAGGAGUAUGAAUGCAGCGUAUGGUCCGAUGAUGGCACUCACCAGCGCGUGGAGGCCUUCCACGAGUGGGCCCGAAAGGUGAACGAUGCCAGUAUUCAGUUUGGAAAACCGGUCAAUGUCGCCGAUGUCCUCCCACAGAAAAUCAGAGAUGCGGGGUUCGUCGAUGUCACUGACGACGUCUACAAGUGUCCCAUCGGCUCCUGGCCCAAAGAUCCCCGACUCAAACAAAUCGGUCGGAUUCACUUGUACAGCGUCCUCGAGGCCAUCGAGCCCUACACUCUCGCCUUCUUCACCCGCGUUCUCGGAUACACGUAUGAAGAAGCACAGGCAGACAUGGGCAAAGUUCGGAAAGAUAUCCUCGAUUCAUCUAAUCAUCUGUAUUCGAGGUUUCAUUUCAUUUACGCCAGGAAGACGUUACAUGAGACGUGA